CACAUGGGCACAGGCAUGGCAACUGAGGAUUACAGAGAAUUUGGUGAACUUGUCAUCUCGCGCAUGAAAGAUCCACCAUUCUAUUGUAUUGAAGACUGUAGUGAUCAAAAAUAUUCAUCAGCUGGUGCUUAUGCCGGUCAACUUCACGACGCCAUGUAUACAUAUGCCCGCGCGCUGAAUGCUACCCUUAAAGAAGAUGCAUCGACAUCGGAUCGGGAUGGAACUUUGAUCCUAGAUCACAUAGAAAUGGAAUUUCAAGGGAUUUCUGGAGAAGUUAUAAUGAGUAUGAAUGGUUCGCGCAAGCCGUUUCUGUAUUUUGAUGGACUAAACAGGAAUGGCGAACAAGUUUUGUACGGAACGAUUUUUGUCGAUGGAACAUACGGAGUAAUAUUUUGA